ACAAAUACAUGCACAUGUUUUUCGUUUUGGCUUGUCGAGAUAAUUAUCAAUAUAUAUCGAUCAUAACGGGAUCAAUUUAUCCAUCUGUUUCAAGAAGAAAUGUCUAUAUUAAUAUUGACACGAAUUUUUAAUGGUGCUGGCAUAUCCGCCGCAACUUCGUCACUUGGACGUAAUCGUUUGGCUGUGUUUAAUGGUGCACAGCUAAAUUUGAUUCGAUCUCUAUCGGUACCACCACCACCUGGUCCAGGAGGUGCUAAAGUAUUCAAAAGAGAUAAACCACAUAUGAAUAUCGGUACGAUUGGUCAUGUUGAUCAUGGUAAAACUACGUUGACCAGUGCCAUCACUAAAAUAUUGGCUAAACAUAAAUUGGCUAAAGUAAAAGAAUAUGAUGAAAUUGAUAAUGCACCAGAAGAAAAGAAAAGAGGAAUUACCAUUAAUACAGCACAUGUUGAAUAUGAGACAAAAAAACGUCAUUAUGCUCACAUGGAUUGUCCCGGUCAUGCUGAUUAUAUUAAAAACAUGAUUACUGGUGCUAAUCAAAUGGAAGGUGCCAUCCUGGUUGUAGCUGCUACUGAUGGUGUUAUGCCGCAAACUCGUGAACAUCUUACUCUUGCCAAGCAAAUUGGCAUUGAAAAUAUAAUCGUCUAUAUAAAUAAAGUGGAUGCUGCCGAUACUGAAAUGGUGGAAUUAGUUGAAAUGGAAAUACGUGAACUAUUGACCGAACUUGGUUAUGAUGGUGACAAUGUGAAUUUUGUUCAAGGUUCAGCAUUGGCCGCUAUGGAAGAUAAGAAACCCGAAAUUGGUGAACAAUCGAUUGAAAAACUUAUGCAAAUGGUGGAUGAAGUAUUUCCCGAUCCUAUUCGUGAAGUCGAUAAACCAUUUUUGUUGCCAGUCGAACAUGUUUAUUCGAUUCAAGGACGUGGUACAGUCGUCACUGGCCGUUUAGAAAAGGGUGUAAUCAAAAAGAAUACUGAAUGUGAAAUUAUCGGAUAUGGACGUCAUCAUAAAAGUGUAAUCACUGGUAUUGAAAUGUUCAAGAAAAUCUUGAACGAAUCACAAGCUGGAGAUAAUUUGGGAGCAUUAUUACGUGGUAUUAAACGUGACCAGGUUCGUCGUGGUAUGGCCGUUGUCAAACCGGGUGAAUAUCGAGCUGUUGAUCAUGUGGAAACACAAAUCUAUAUGUUAAAAAAAGAAGAAGGUGGAAAAAAUCUGCCAUUUUUGUCAAUGCUUCGUGGACAUUGUUUCUGUCGUACGUGGGAUUGUGCGGCCGAAUUAAAUAUUGUCGGUAAAGAUAUGAUUAUGCCUGGCGAAGAUGCCAAAGUCAUUUUAAAGAUUCUACGACCAAUGGUCAUGGAGAAAGGAUCCCGUUUCACAAUCCGUGAUCAGAAACAAACAAUCAUGACCGGUGUGGUUACGGAUUUAUUAACCGAUCUAACACCAGAAGAAAGAGCCAAAUUGGAGAAAGGUCGCACUAAGAAAGAACGUGAAGAAAUGGAAAAACGAAUGAAAGAAAUUGAGGAAGGUUUUGCUGAGAAAGAAAAAUAGACGCAAUAACAGCAUCAAAUGUCAUUCACAUAUGAAUAUUUGAUUCUUAAGUAGUUGUAUUUUGUAUUUGUAACUAUUAAUUAAAAUAAUCAUUGAAACAAUUA